GCACCGAGUGUCGGCAAAAAAUAAAAUAUAUUUAGGUCUACUUUCAAAUUAUGCCAAUUUUACAGAUAGUGUAUUUGGCAGUUAAUAGGCACACUCUACUGUAUUCGCUGUUCAUGGCAGACAGAACGAAGCGUAACAUCUGUGGCAAACAACGACCGAUAUGAAAAUAAGAACCGCACUCAAUCUGCGGUAGCUAUGAGUGUAUUCGAGUGAGCGUGAGUGUGUGCGUUUUAGAGAGUGAGAGAGAGAUAGAGAACGAGCGAGAGAGGAGGGAUGAGACACGCAGCAUCUCUUCUAAGGCAGCUGCCGAAGAAUCUUCACGAGUGAGCUAGUCAUUGAUGGAUCUGUCGGGGCUGCAAAAUAAUUAACAUCAUUAGGCUACAGUCCUGUAAAAGUAGGCCUAAUUAUGAUAUGCCAAACGAGGCCAAAACGAUUCGGAAGAACCAUUCAUAGCUCUACGGUGUAGCCGAUAUAAAACAUCAACGACGAAGUAAAAGAAGAGGUCUGACUGUUUUUGGAGCGUCUUUUUAAAAUUAAUUUUAAUAAUUAGUUAAUGUAGGCCUUCUCAUAACAGAGGGUGGCGCCGUGGAAAUCUAUCACCAUGGAGAUACGAAGAGAAGACGGGCAUCCUUUGCGUUGAGUUAGCCGCUAAUGCAUUACACGCAUUUGUUUUUAUUAUUGUUUUAUUUCAUUAUUUGCCUUUCUCUUACCAUAUCAAACAUGUGGUAAGCUAUCUGUCGACUAGGGAGAGAGAAGGGUGUUGUCAGAAAGAGGAAAGAGAGGAGGGGGCAUUAAGAGGUGUUCUUUUUUUGGAAAAGGGGGAGACAGACCGACACCGAGAAGGUGAAUUGAUGUGCGAAAGCCUGCGACACGUCACUUUCAUGAGAAAUAAUCAUGCAAAAGAAAGAAAUGGCGUAAAACAAAACCCGAAAAAACAAAAUAGGAGAGAGAAUAAGACAUCUUCAAGGGAGCCCCUAACGUUCUCACGCUUAGCCUACUGGAAUCGUUUUGGGUGUGCCGUGUUGGCUGCGGGAGCCGUCAGUCCCCAGCUGGCCUAUCAGGAGCUCCCGGGAGGAUGGACCAAAGCAGACGGUCCACCUGAAGAUGUCCCCGUCACCCCUCUCUACGCCUGCUCUCUCACCUCUCACGCACCAUGCUAGGAAGACGCACACUGCACCUCUGCUUUUGACAAAACCCCUCACCCCUCCCAAUAUCUUAUUUCUCCCAGCAACUCCAGUGACCUACUCAGUUUAGAUUUGGAGAUCCUUCCCCUACCCCGCUCUGCCCGCAAGUAAUCUCCUAGUCGUAUUCCGAGCCCCGCAGGACAUGUCUUUCUUCCCAGAGAUCGGCCCCAGACACCAGGGGCUCGGCGGAAAGCGGAGCUCAUGCGCCCGCAGGAUGUCCGACACUUGCCUGGUGUGGCUCCUGGGCCUAGCCCUCCGUCUGGCCCUGUCCUCCUGCCAGCGGGCCGACCUCAGCGGUAAAUACCCCAUGGUAACCACGGGCUACGGUAAGCUGCGCGGCGUCAGGAAGGAGCUGAACAACGAGAUCCUGGGGCCAGUGGAGCAGUACCUGGGCGUGCCCUACGCCACCCCGCCCAUAGGCGAACGCCGCUUUCAGCCACCCGAGGCGCCGGGCUCCUGGCAGGAGAUCCGCAACGCCACCCAUUUUGCCCCGGUGUGUCCGCAGAACGUGCACGGUGUGUUGCCUGAGAUCAUGCUGCCGGUGUGGUUUACCGACAACCUGGACGCCGCAGCGGGCUACGUGCAGAACCAGAGCGAAGACUGUCUGUACCUCAACGUCUACGUUCCCACUGAGGACGGUCCGCUCACAAAAAAACAUGAUGAGUCUACAAUGAACAAGCCAAGGGAUGAAGACAUACGAGACCGUCGGAAGAAGCCGGUGAUGUUGUUCAUCCAUGGCGGCUCGUACAUGGAGGGGGCCGGAAACAUGUUCGACGCCAGCGUCCUUGCUGCCUACGGCAACGUCAUCGUGGUCACCAUGAACUACCGUCUGGGCGUGCUGGGGUUCCUGAGCACCGGGGACCAGUCGGCCAAGGGGAAUUAUGGUCUGUUGGACCAGAUCCAGGCCCUGCGCUGGCUCAACGAGAACAUCGGCCACUUCGGAGGAGACCCGGAGAGGAUCACCAUCUUCGGCUCCGGCGCCGGAGCCUCCUGCGUUAACCUCCUCAUCCUCUCGCACCACUCGGAGGGUCUGUUUCAGAGGGCCAUCGCCCAGAGCGGCUCGGCCAUCUCCAGCUGGUCGGUCAACUACCGGCCCCUCAUGUACACCCAGAUCCUGGCCAAGAAGGUGGGCUGUAGCUUUGGGGACACGGGUGACGUGGUGGAGUGUCUGAGGAAGAAGAACUUCAGGGAGCUGGUGGACCAGGACAUCCAGCCGGCCAGGUAUCACAUCGCAUUCGGCCCUGUGGUGGACGGAGACGUGGUGCCCGAUGACCCCGAGAUCCUCAUGCAACAGGGGGAGUUUCUGAACUACGACAUCCUACUGGGGGUGAACCAGGGAGAAGGGCUGAAGUUUGUGGACGACAGUGAGGGGGAAGAUGGGAUCUCUGCAGCCUCCUUCGACUACACUAUCUCCAACUUUGUGGACAACCUGUAUGGAUAUCCAGAGGGUAAGGACAUCCUGCGGGAGACCAUUAAGUUCAUGUACACUGACUGGGCCGACAGGGACAACGGAGACAUGAGGAGGAAGACCCUGCUGGCACUGUUCACUGACCACCAGUGGGUGGCGCCGGCGGUGGCUACGGCCAAGCUGCACGCCGAGUUCCAGUCUCCCGUCUACUUCUACACCUUCCACCACCACUGUCAGACGGAGGCCCGGCCGGAGUGGGCCGAUGCAGCUCACGGCGACGAGCUGCCCUACGUGUUUGGUGUCCCCAUGGUGGGAGCCACUGACCUGUUCCCCUGUAACUUCUCCAAGAACGACGUCAUGCUCAGCGCUGUGGUCAUGACCUACUGGACCAACUUCGCCAAGACCGGUGACCCCAACCUGCCAGUUCCACAGGACACUAAGUUCAUCCACACCAAGCCCAACCGCUUUGAGGAGGUCAUCUGGACCAAGUUCAGCUCCAAAGACAAGCAGUACCUCCACAUCGGCCUCAAGCCCCGCAUCCGAGACAACUACCGGGCCAAUAAAGUGGCCUUCUGGCUGGAGCUGGUCCCUCACCUGCACUCCCUGCACGAGGACAUCAUCAACACCAUCACCACCCGACUCCCGCCCGGAGGAGGAGGUCCUCGUAUCCACCGGCCAGGUCCCCCGGGGGCCCGCUCCACCCGCCACCCCGUCAUCUCCACCAACCCCCCGGAGCCCGAGCCUGACCCGUCAGAUCCACCGCGUCGCAACCCCUUCCCGGUCGAGAUCAGGGACUACUCCACCGAGCUGAGUGUGACGGUGGCGGUGGGCGCCUCGCUGCUCUUCCUCAACGUGCUGGCCUUCGCCGCGCUCUACUACAAAAGGGACAAACGCCACGAGCUGCUGCAGAGACGCCACCGCCGCCUGUCCCCCCAGCGCGGCCUGGGCGCGUCAAUGGGCAUGGGGGUGGGCAUGGGGGUGGUGGGCGCUCCGUCCCACAACGACCUGGCGCUGAGCCAGGAGGAGGAGCUCAUGUCGCUGCAGAUGAAGCAGCAGCGGGCGGAGAUGGAGCGCGGCAUCGGCACGCCGCUCCCAUCCCGCGGCCUCCACGGCGACCUGGAGCCGCUGCGGACGCAGGUGGGGCCGCCGGACUACACGCUGGCGCUGCGCCGGGCUCCGGAGGACGUGCCCCUGAUGACGGCCAACACCAUCACCAUGAUCCCCAGCACCAUCAGCGGCAUGCAGCCGCUCCACCCGUUCAACACCUACCCCCCGGCGCCGGCCCCGUCGACCACGCCCACCCCGGGCCACAGCAACAACGCCCUGCCUCACCAGCACUCCACCACCCGCGUAUAGAAGCAGGCCUCUUGCUCAGCGGAUCCACCACGCCACACUCGUCCUUCUCUCUUUCUCGCUGGGAUUAACCCCCGCCCCCUUUUUCCCCGGUUCUUUUAGUUUUGUUUGGCUUUUUUUUUUUCUUUUUUUCUUUUUUUUUCUCGCCGUGAGGGCGGGUUAUCGCCACCUGCGGUCGGGACGGGUCUCAGCCUGUGGGUUGCUGAGACAAAGAUACAUCGUUACAACUAACACAUCUCUUGUCAACACAUCAUCCAAGCUGUUCAUGUCCUACAAUCUGCCUGUUUUCCCCUCUCUCUGUCUCUCUCUCUCUCACUUUCUCGUAUUUUCCUGUUUCAACCCAUAUUGCUGUUCCUCCUCGCUCUGCUUACCACUCGUUCCUUCUCCCCAUCUGUUCCUGUAGUUCUUCAUCGCAAUGUUCACCCUGUCGUCUCAGCCUCAUCAUUAUCCCCUUUGUCUCCCAAACCACUUCAGGACUCCUUGUUUUCUUCUUUGGAGUCUUUUAUAGAAACACAUACAUGUAAAUGAUGUAUUAUUGAUAAAUUGUAAGGAUAUGAAUGAAAAAAAGUGAUAUUCUGAUAUCUCGUUUUUACCAGCAUUCUUGGUGCCAAGUACUGUGAUAACGCUCCUCUCUCAUUGGAGGUCCAAUGGACAACCUGGAGAGGCCCAUCUUACACAAGGAAUAACCAUCAUCAAAAAAAGUGCCAAACGUUUCAUCAUUCUUUUUGAUCUCUCGCACUUUCUUUCUUUUUUUGUUCUUGCAUUCAGUGUUGCACUGUGGCUGGGCUUUACUCAAGGGGGGAAAUAUUAAAUAUAUCCUUGUAAAAAAAAAAUAUAAAGAGAAUAUUAAGAUUUAUAACUUGUUUGCUGUCUGGGAUCUCCUGCAUGAUUUUACUUUUUUUUCUAAAUGGAGGAUGGACUUUGGAGUGGAAAUCUUGUAUUUUAGUUUUUUUGUUUUUUCUUGUUUUGCCUUGUUUUCUUACUGUUGUUGUUUUUGUUCUUGAAAAGCUAUUUCUUUUCAGUUUUUACAUCCGCUGAACUUUGUGCACUUCAUGAAGAACGCUAUCUUCUAUUCUGUAGAUACUUCAGAAAAGUGUAUCAAGAGAUGAAUAUUGACAAUGAUUAUAACAAGGACAACAAAUGCGUCCUUUAUUUUUUCAUUUCUAUUCACUGAGGCUGUGCCACAAGCACCCGCCACCCUGAAAGACAGAUGAGCCCCCUGUCUCCUCCUCUUCUCUUUGGUUCUCUUAUUACUUUAGUUGUGGGGUGUUGCACGGUCAUCAUGUUUUUGUCUCGAAAGAAGAUCGUCAUUACUCAACAACAACAUUGUUGAACUUUACCACUCCAUCAGCUUGCGGUGUUUGUCAAUAGGCUAAUACUUGUUUUUGAGUCGUGAAAAUUACAUUAUUUCAUGUGGAUUGCCUCAGUGGUCGAAGUUUUUUAUAAUUCCACAUAUUUUCUGGGGAAUGAGGGUUGUCUUUGAACAUGUUAGUUUUAACCACGGUCAUCCCCUCCUCAGUGGACAUUUAGCUGCAUGCUACAGGUGUCUGGAGAAUGGGGGACACUUUUCAUCUCCUCUUCCAUUGUUCUGAGACUCUGUUCCGCGGGGGGGGUUGGGGGGCUCAGACAGAUUGACACAGGUGAUGGGGGGAGAAAGCCUUGUACGCACGUUUCAGAUCUUUCAACUGCACAACUGAACACAGGGACACGACAAACUCUAGACACUCAACACGAAAAAGAAAUGACAGAACUGCUAUUAAGACAACUUUAGGAAAAAGGUUGACAUGAAAAACAAAGGUGGCGACUCUUCAGAAGACGUCCGCUAUGUCUCCAAUGCACAGGUGAUGCAUUCUAAAGCUUGUGUAGAAAAAAACAUUUGAUGAACAUUACUCGUAUACACUCAAAAAAAAAACAAGCUAGCGGGGUGGAGCUCCCCGUUUUUCCUGUUCUGUUUCCUGUCUUGUUUUGGGAGGAGGAUGACCACACUGAGGUUAGUCUGCUUACUGUCACAGGGGACUGGACAGAGUCAGGACCCUGAAAAAAGAACAAAAAACAACACAUUGAAAUAAACUGUACAUUUUUUUAAGUGUAAGAGAACAACCUGGUAUUUGUAAAUAUUCUGUUUAUGGUUUCCGAGUGAAUGGAUACAUCAUUUCUUUGUGACAACAGGUGCAAGUUGAGAUGGCUGAUUUGAGCACUUCCGUAUGUCGCUGUUUGAUCCUCUUUCAUUUUUUUAGAUUACAAGGUCAAAGUGCAACAACUUAUGGGCACAUGUAGGCAGUAAUUAACAUACAUGAAUGAUCUGUGAAUGAAAUCUACAUGGAAAAUCCUAGCAUGGUUGAGUUGAACAUAAAUACAGGGAGGGAAUGGGGCAUGGCUCAGGUUUCUCUAAUAUAGAUGGGUAAUAAUGUGUGGGGUUCUGGGUGGAGGUGGGCAUUACUUGCACAUUUGUGAAUUGCCACAUCAAUCAUGAAGACAGCUUUUUUUUCUGGAAUGGCAGUUAAUUUAAGACGAUCCCUUUGCAUUCGUUAAGUGGCCAAAGAUGAGAGCUGCACAGAUAGCCGAUUUAGAGAGAAAGUGGAAGCGAGAGAGAGGGAGACAGAUGGAAGGAUGGCAGUGAUACUACACAGCAGUACAGAUAGAGCCAUGGUUUGAAACUGCUCAACUCAAACCUGCAAAACAAGGGAACUGGAACGGUGGUGGUGCUGGGGAUUGUUAGUGACACUCACUGCUCUUAAAGGUGACAGCGUAUUACCCCGUAGCUUAGAACAGGUAUAGUAUGUUGUCAACUCCUUGGUACUCUUUAGUCUUGUUUCAGACUCUGGUGGUUGUGGUUGCUUUGCUAUCCUUUACUAUUGCCAUGCACACUCUCUGGUUGUCAUUUUAUGGGGAUAUCAGUUCACCUGUUUGCUGUCCAUUUGAGAUGCCCAUGUUUCCAAAAAUAAAAAGGGAAAAAAGACAGUAUUUUUCUAAAUAAAAAAAUGAUGACUGAAAUUUGAAAAGCAGGGAUAUGACAGCCAACAGACUCUGGAAGCACACUCUCACCAAGUUCACACGGUGACACUAAAGUCUGGCGUUGGCUAAAAAACAACAACAAAAAUAUCAUUUCAUGGAUGCAAAUCUCUUUUCCAAGGUUCGCACUGGGUUGCCCGAAAAGGCUUGCACCUGUUUGUCUCUGUUUUCAUUUAGCCUGAAAUCAGCAACCAACUGGAGGCUGGAGAGACAGCAAGGAUGCGUUUUGAACGUGUUUAAAGAAUGAAGUUAAUAUUUCAAUUUCAUAUAGAGGCUAUUACACACUGUAUGUUGUGUAUCUGAACUGGAGAACAUUAAAAAGACAUUCUUAAACAAAUUA